CAAUCCCAAAGACAUUCAACUAGUGAAUGAACUGUAAAUAAACCCAAAAUGGUUCCCUCAGAUGAGAACAUCACAUUCCCUGUGUCAGAAAGCUGUCCCAACUGCAGUUCCUCCUCCUUCGCUGAGGUGGAUAUCACUAAGGCGGUGACCCUGGGCCUGGUGAUGGGGGUGUUUGUCAUCUUCGGGGUUCUCGGUAACAUCCUGGUUAUCCUGUCUGUGGUGUGCCACCACCACCUACGCUCCGUCACACACUACUUCAUCGCCAACCUUGCGGCGGCAGACCUGCUCCUGAGCUCCACCGUGCUGCCGUUCUCUGCCACCUCAGAGGUCCUAGGCCGCUGGGUGUUUGGCCGGUCUUUCUGCAGUGCCUGGGCCGCCCUGGAUGUUCUCUGCUGCACUGCCUCUAUCCUCAGCCUGUGUGUCAUCUCUGUUGACCGCUACCUAGCAGUCAGCUACCCGCUGCACUACCCUGCCAUGGCCACUGGGCAGCGCGGCCUGGUCGCAGUGGCAGCUCUCUGGGGCCUCUCGGCAGCCAUAUCCGUAGGUCCACUCUUCGGCUGGAAGGAGCCCGACCCAGAGGACGAGACUGAGUGCCGGAUCACAGAGGAACCGGGUUAUGCUAUUUUCUCUGCCCUGGGGUCGUUCUAUGUGCCACUAGCUGUCAUCCUGGCCAUGUAUUGCAAGGUGUAUGUGGUGGCCAAGCGGAAGACUCGAGACCUGAGGGAGGGAAGGAAGAGGGAGGGGGGGAUGCAUACAGAGGGAGAGGGAGUGACACUGAGGAUUCAUCGGGGAAAUGCCCCUGCUAAGCCAGAGGGGCAAGAGGAGGAGGGAGAGAAAUGCAUCAUGAGGCGGAGACGCACCACCUUCGCCCUCAUGCACCUGCUGAAAUUCUCCCGAGAGAAGAGGGCAGCCAAGACUCUGGGCAUUGUGGUUGGCUGCUUCGUUCUCUGCUGGCUGCCCUUCUUCCUGGUUAUGCCCAUUGGCUCCAUAUUCCCAUCGUACAGGCCAUCUGACACCAUAUUUAAGAUCACCUUCUGGCUGGGCUACCUCAACAGCUGUAUCAACCCCAUUAUCUAUCCCUGCUUCAGCCAGGAGUUCCAGAGGGCCUUCCUCAACGUUCUGCAUGGACGCUGCCUCAGACAAGGUGGCAGGAGCUCCAAGUCUCUGGGGUUUGCUCCUUCCUAUAGUCCCAGUCCUGGUCCAUCGUCUCUUUUUAGAUCCCAGCCUCACGCCUCCUCCUCCUCCACCCCCCCUACCCUGCCACGCCGAGCCGCCUCCCGAGCCUCUCACGCCUCCUCCUCAGGCUGCUGGAGGACCUUCUCUGGCUCAUCUUCCUCGGUGGGGGUGCCAGGCCAUACCCAAAGUACCAGGGUCCACAGUAAAAGCCUGCUGAAGGUGUGGUGUUUUGCAGCGGGGGAGAACCCGUCCCAACAGGGUGCUGCUUGCCUGAGCCCCUCAGCCCCUGGUGCUACAUGUCAAACGAAAGUCCAUUGCCACUCCCUGGGAGCAAGAGGGGAGGCUGUCUGACUGGGAACACUAAAGGAUUCUGGGUAAUUUAAAUUUCCCCCAAGUUCUGGGAAAAGAUGUGGCACUUAUUGGCAUGAAGUUAAGACAUCUCUCUCGAGACCUGCUGGAAUCAGUCAGUACAGCUAUUGACAUAAAGCUGAUGUGUCUUCAUGUUUUGGGAAAUGGGAGAGAGUCCACCCACUGAAGAAGAUACUGUAACACAC